GUCAGUUUAUGGCACAACCAGGUCAGUGCAGUUAUGCUGUGCUUACAUCCUCUAUUAGUGUGACAAAGUGCUUUAAUAACUUGCUUUUGGGGCUUACCAGUCACAGUUAGGGAAAAUCAAGGAAAUUAAAUUGAGAUAUAAACAGUUAAAACAGGACCCAAAUGUAUUCAUCAAAUGCCAGUAUCCUGUUAUAAAACACACCUUUUCUAAAAGCUGCUCUAAAACCGCCCACUGGGCGUGCAGAGGCAGCACCGUCAGCAUCAAGACCCAAGGUGGCACGCAGGGUGAGAGUCAGUCUGACAGGUGGUCAAGAGGCUGACAUGAGUCGGGUAUACAUGAGUUGCAGCUGGUCGCCUUUGGACGAAGUUUUGAGUCGUAGCGACUAGUGAAGUUGUUUGGGACAUCAAUCAUCUGUGAGGUGGAGCAAUGAAGGGAGAACCAUGAUGCUGCGGCAGGUCGUGGCCAAACCCCGGAGACAAGCUUUACGGGGAGCUGGUUAUCUGUGUCAUGCUCAAUCCUCCUCCUGCCUUUCCAUGACAGAGGAACUUUUCUUAGGUGCUGCAGAAUAUGGCAACAUUCCUGAAGUGAGGCGGAUGCUAGAGGAGCUGCCAGACCUCAACGUCAACUGUGUGAACUACAUGGGCCAGAAUGCAUUGCAGCUGGCAGUUGCCAAUGAGCAUUUAGAGGUGACUAAGCUCCUACUUAGGAAGAAAGACCUCGCUAGAAAAGGAGAUGCUUUGUUGUUAGCUAUCAGUAAAGGCUACACCCGUAUAGUGGAGGCCAUACUGAGCCAUGAGGCCUUUGCAGAUGGCCAGAGGCUGACUAACAGUCCCAGCCAGGCGGAGACACAUGAUGACUUCUUUGCUUAUGACGAGGAUGGGACACGUUUCUCUCACGACAUCACUCCCAUCAUCCUAGCUUCCCAGUGCCAUGAGUAUGAAAUUGUGCAUAUACUUCUUACGAAGGGGGCCCGUAUAGAGCGGCCCCAUGACUACUUCUGCCAGUGCAGGAUCUGCAGCGAGCAGCAGAGGCAUGACUCGUUUAGUCAUUCACAAUCCCGCAUCAAUGCAUAUAAAGGUCUGGCCAGUCCAGCGUAUCUGUCCCUCUCCAAUGAAGACCCUGUGAUGGCAGCUCUGGAGCUGGGCAAUGAGCUUGCAGUUCUAGCCAACAUUGAGAAGGAGUUCAAGAAUGAUUACAAGAAACUGUCCAUGCAGUGUAAAGACUUUGUGGUGGGACUCCUGGAUUUGUGUCGAAACACAGAGGAAGUGAAGGCCAUCUUAAAUGGGGACAGUAAAUCAUGUCAAAGCUCUGAAACCUUUGGCAGACAAAACCUUAUCAGGUUAAAACUUGCAAUAAAAUACGAAGUUAAAAAGUUUGUGGCACAUCCAAACUGCCAACAGCAACUCCUCUCCAUCUGGUACGAGAACAUGUCUGGACUACGUCAGCAAACUACAGCAGUUAAAAUCCUUCUUGUCCUUGGUGUAGCUGUUGGGUUACCUGUCCUGGCCUUUACGUACUGGAUAGCACCAUCAAGUAAGUUAGGGAAACUCAUGUGUGGACCUUUCCUGAAGUUUGUGGCCCAUGCAGCUUCCUUUAUGAUAUUUCUUUGCCUACUGGUCCUGAACGCGGCAGACCGAUUUGAUGGAACAUCGCUGCUGCCUAACAUGACCACCCACGAUCACCCCUCACAACUGUUUCGUAUGAAAACCACCCCCUUCACCUGGAUGGAGAUUCUCAUCAUAUCCUGGGUCAUAGGGAAGAUCUGGGAAGAAUGUAAAAAUAUCUGGUCACAGGACAUCCGGGAAUACAUUUCAGAACCCUGGAACCUCCUUGACUUCAGUAUUUUGGCCAUUUUUAUGACCUCUUUCAUUGCCAGAUUAAUGGCUUUCUGGCAUGCAUAUUCUGCCCAGUGUUAUGUUGACAAGCACUAUACUGACCUGUCCAACAUGACCUUGCCCUUUGAGAUACAGUAUUUCCAGCUGGCUCGAAUCAACUGGAUGCCCUCAGACCCACAGCUUAUUUCUGAAGGCCUCUAUGCAAUUGCAGUUGUUCUGAGUUUCUCUCGCAUUGCAUACAUCCUGCCAGCCAACGAGAGCUUUGGGCCUUUGCAGAUCUCUCUGGGAAGAACAGUAAAAGACAUCUUUAAGUUCAUGGUGAUUUUCAUAACAGUUUUUGUGGCUUUCAUGGUGGGAAUGUUCAAUCUGUACUCAUACUACCUCGGAGCCAAGCACAACGAUGCCUUUACAACGCUCGAAGAGAGUUUUAAAACGUUAUUUUGGGCCAUCUUUGGCUUGUCAGAGGUGAAAUCAGUGGUCAUUAACAUCAACCAUAAGUUCAUUGAGAAUACUGGCUAUGUUCUGUACGGGGUAUACAACAUCAUCAUGGUGAUUGUCUUGCUGAAUAUGCUCAUUGCCAUGUUCAACAGCUCCUUCCAAGAAAUUGAGGAUGAUGCUGACGUUGAGUGGAAGUUUGCCAGAACUAAGCUCUGGUUCUCGUACUUUGAGCAUGGUGGCACACUUCCUGUGCCCUUCAACCUCAUACCCAGCCCCAUGUCUGUUGUUUCCAUCUUGCUUUGGAUAAGGGAAUUUCUCUGGGCUGUAUCUCAAGGCAAAAACAAAGAAAAUUCAAAUGAUGAGAUGGGGCAUAACAAGUUGAGGCAACAGGAAGAUCUGAGUGUGGAAGCAUCGCUUUGUCCAACCCGUCACCAAAAGACAAUGAAUCGCCUCAUCAAAAGAUACAUCUUAAAAGCACAAAGAGAUAAAGACAAUGAUGAAGUGAAUGAAGGUGAACUGAAAGAGAUCAAACAGGACAUCUCCAGUCUCCGCUAUGAGCUGCUGGAAAGGGGGAACCACGACAUGGAGACACUAGCAAAGCUCAUCAAGCAACUGGGAGAAGUCAUGCAUGUUCAGCAGAAAGAAGAGCAGAAGAACAAGCAGGCUAUACUUUCUUCAAAAAUGUAAAUAGGGAUGUAUUUACUGGACACACUACACUCUUCUCAUUAAUGAGGCAUUCAGUCAGGGUCAAAGGGCCCUUAGGAUGUAAAACACAUUUUUGGACAAAAACUUGACUGAAAAUAUUUACAUAUUUUGUAUUAAUAAAUAUAAAAAAUGGUUAACAUUUUUGAUUUUUUUUUAAGUGUAAAUGUAAAAAAUAAGCAGUUUUUUGGAUGUAUCACUGGCAGGUUCAUAAGUCAGACAUAACAUAAAAAUAAAUGAAAACUUGUUGGUAAUAACUGCCCUCAUGGCUUUCUGUGAAUCCGGUUUAAAUUUUCAUACAAAACAUUAACUUUUUCAUUUUGUUAUGUUGUGUUUUAUUAAAAUGUUGAUCACUUAAGCAUAAUGUUUAAUGAAUAUAAUUAAAAUCAAUGUUGAUUAUCUUUA